UACCCUGGUAGUAGUGUGGCUGAUGUUGUGAGACAGUCCCUCCCCUCCCACUCUGAAUACAAAACCACGCCUUCCCAUAGCACAUUCCGCGCAGCCCCUCCCACAGGCCGUACUCCGACCGCCCUGGGCCGCCCAUCUCACCGCGUUCUCUAUGUCUCUGAGCCACAAACCCCGCCCCCUCUCCUGCCAGCCCCUCCCACAUAGCCUCACCGGCCCCACCCCCUUCUGUCUGCACCGUGUCUGUAUGUGUGUGUGCAGCGCCGGUCAGGCGGGACGUUUCCAUUGAUUACCGAGUAACGGGCAGUGGCGGCUAUCAGCGCUCCUCUCGGUGCAGCCCGGCCCGUCUUGAGCACCAGCAAGUCCCAGUGUGAGCGGCGUCCGUGCAGUACUCCAUGGCGUACAGUCAGGGGGGCGGAAAGAAGAAGGUCUGCUACUAUUAUGAUGGUGACAUUGGAAACUAUUAUUAUGGACAAGGGCACCCCAUGAAGCCACACAGGAUACGUAUGACCCAUAAUUUACUUCUGAACUAUGGUCUUUACAGAAAGAUGGAAAUAUAUCGCCCUCAUAAGGCAACAGCUGAAGAGAUGACCAAGUACCACAGUGAUGAAUACAUUAAAUUUCUUCGAUCGAUAAGACCAGACAACAUGUCAGAAUACAGCAAACAGAUGCAGAGAUUCAAUGUAGGUGAGGACUGUCCUGUGUUUGAUGGCCUUUUUGAGUUCUGUCAGUUGUCUACUGGUGGCUCUGUUGCUGGUGCCGUGAAACUGAAUCGCCAGCAGACAGAUAUGGCUGUUAACUGGGCAGGAGGGCUUCAUCAUGCUAAAAAAUCAGAAGCAUCUGGAUUUUGUUACGUCAAUGAUAUUGUUCUUGCAAUUCUUGAACUACUAAAGUAUCACCAAAGAGUGUUGUACAUUGAUAUUGAUAUCCAUCAUGGUGAUGGGGUUGAAGAGGCUUUUUAUACCACUGACCGUGUCAUGACUGUUUCAUUCCACAAAUAUGGGGAAUACUUCCCAGGCACUGGAGAUCUCCGGGAUAUUGGUGCAGGAAAAGGCAAGUACUAUGCUGUCAAUUUUCCAAUGAGGGAUGGUAUUGACGAUGAAUCGUAUGGACAAAUAUUUAAGCCAAUCAUUUCAAAAGUGAUGGAAAUGUACCAGCCCAGCGCUGUGGUCUUACAGUGUGGUGCUGAUUCAUUGUCUGGAGACCGUCUUGGAUGUUUCAAUCUGACAGUGAAAGGUCAUGCAAAGUGUGUUGAAGUUGUAAAGACCUUUAAUUUGCCGCUGCUGAUGCUUGGAGGAGGCGGGUAUACCAUCCGCAAUGUUGCUCGCUGUUGGACAUAUGAGACUGCUGUUGCACUGGACUGUGAAAUUCCUAAUGAGCUUCCAUACAACGAUUACUUUGAAUAUUUUGGUCCAGAUUUUAAACUACAUAUUAGUCCUUCAAAUAUGACAAAUCAGAAUACGCCGGAAUACAUGGAGAAAAUAAAACAGCGCUUAUUUGAGAAUCUCCGUAUGCUGCCACAUGCUCCUGGAGUGCAGAUGCAGCCUAUACCGGAGGAUGCUAUUCAAGAGGACAGUGGGGAUGAAGAAGGGGAAGACCCAGAUAAACGCAUUUCUAUACGUGCCUCUGAUAAGCGGAUAGCUUGUGAGGAGGAGUUUUCAGACUCUGAGGAUGAAGGUGAAGGAGGAAGACGUAAUGUAGCGGAUCACAAAAAGGGAACCAAAAAAGCAAGACUUGAAGAAGACAAAAAGGAAACCGAUGACAAGAAAUCAGAUGUGAAAGAUGAUGAUAAAGCCAAGGACAACGUUGUGGAGAAAAUGGAUACAAAAUGUGUCAAGUCAGAACAGCCAAACAAUCCCUGAAGUGUCGCGAAGGCUUGCAGAACAUUAUGUCUAACAGUGGAAGUAGAGUACUCCUCACCCCUCACCACCCUGACCAGAGACUUUUCAUUCUACCCCGUAGCACUUGGCAUGGACCGUAUUUAUUGUAAAACGGUAUCGUUACCCUGGCAGGUCAUAUUGAGUUUUCUAACUAUGGAGCAAAUUUUCUUAUCUUUGCCAUGCUUUAUGUAAUAGUAUUUAAGAUGAAUGUGUUAUGUUUCAUGUCUUUAACGAAUCUAUUAAAAUGCCUUUUUUUUUUUUGCCUUUAUUAGCUGUUUUUUUUCUUUUAUAGUUUUAUAGACAAAAAUUAUUUUCCAAAUUUCUCAAUGUACACACAACAAUCUUAAAAUGCAUAGGGGUAUAUUCAAUUAGCGUUGGAUUCAUUCCGACAUGCAUUUGUCAGAAUGGAUUCGACAACCCCUGCAUUUUUGACCUAAGAUUAAUUCACAUUUAUCUUCUUGCAUCAGGAAGGUAACAAAUGGACACAAACUCAGUUGACUGUCAAUUGCGUUCAUUCUCAAUAUUUUCCACAGAAUCAAAAUUUCUAGAUUUACACAGCAAUUUAAUUUCAUUACAAUAAUUUCAUCCAUGUGCUAUUUCCACAGUAACCUUUACAUGAUACCCCUGGUGUACAUUUAAGCUAAAAAAAAAUGUUUGGGCAAUUAACACAAAGGGGUAUAUUUACUAAACAAGCUGCCAUUUCUCAGUGUGUAAAUUUAUCUCUAAAAGCAUUUUGCGGAGGUCAGGAUCAUUAACAUAUGACUGUAUGUUAGAAUGUCAUGAAACAAUUUAAUCAUCAAAUUGGCAAUAUCUUAUGGAUCAAAUACCUUAAAAAAUAUGUAUCUACAACUGGCGCACAGCUAAUCUCCUUCAGCGAGGCAGUGUCAACAAUUAAAAAUAACAUGCCACACCUCCAGACUCCCGCCGAUGUGUUUUUGUUUUAUUUUUCUGCCUAAUUAGUGCCGGGACACGGUGCUUAGCUUCGCCCUCUAUGGUCCUCCAAUGCAUAGGUUGCUACCAUCGAUGAUCAAUUAGUCUUACCAUCGCUGGUGAGCGCACCGUUGGCCAUCUCUAGCAUAGGUUAGCGAACCAGUGACCAAGACUCUUAUGUGAUGUCAAUAACUGCUUCAUUAAAGAGAAACACUACUGAAACCUACUACAGGUUGAGUCUCCCUUAUCCAAAAUGCUUGGGACCAGAAGUAUUUUGGAUAUGGGAUUUUUCCGUAUUUUGGAAUAAUUGCAUACCAUAAUGAGAUAUCAUGGUGAUGGGACCUAAAUCUAAGCACAGAAUGCAUUUAUGUUACAUAUAUACCUUAUACACACAGCCUGAAGGUAAUUUUAGCCAAUAUUUUUUAUAACUUUGUGCAUUAAACAAAGUGUGUCUACAUUCACACAAUUCAUUUAUGUUUCAUAUACACCUUAUACACACAGCCUGAAGGUCAUUUAAUACAAUAUUUUUAAUAACUUUGUGUAUUAAACAAAGUUUGUGUACAUUGAGCCAUCAAAAAACAAAGGUUUCACUAUCUCACUCUCACUCAAAAAAGUCUGUAUUUCGGAAUAUUCCGUAUUUCGGAAUAUUUGGAUAUGGGAUACUCAACCUGUACACAAAAUGUUAAAGCGUAGAGACUUUACAACGAAAUAAUACACUUAAUGAAACAGGGCGUUUCAAAAAGAUGGACCCAAUUUCAAAGCAAUAUAUUUCAUGAUGGCAGCAUGUUGCAAUUACACAAAAAGUUGAAAAAACGUUUAAUGAGUUAUUACAUUUUAUUAACCGUUUUAUAAAUGCACUAAGUGCCCUCCACCUGCUGCUGUACGGACAACAACAAUACGAUAGUUGAAUUUGUCUUAAACGCCUCUCAGAGUAUCUUCUUCCACUGAAGUCAUUGCUGCCGUGAUUUUGUUUUUGAGGUAAUUUAGAUUAGUCGCUAAUUGUAGCACAAAAAAACAGUCUUUUGAUGCAUCCCCACAAAAAGUUGCAGGGUGUACUAUCUGGAGAUCUUGACGGCCAAGAGUAUAGCACCAAGACCUUGGGGUCCAGUGUGACCUGUGUAACAUUGAGUCUGUGUGUCAUUUAGAAAACAUCAAACCUGCAGGUGCCAAUGUGGCAGUGCUCCGUUUUGUGGAAUCUUCAUUAAAUUGUGGAAAGAGCCAAUUCCGCAGCGUUGUGAGAGGUUUGACCCGUAACUGCGUUAACCUUUAAAUGAAAAGGCCAUAAACCAUUCUUUGAGAAAUGGCACAAAACAUGUUCACUUUUGGGAAAUCACGCUCAUGCUCCACAGUUUUGUGUGGAUUUCCUAAUCACAAUGUGCGUAUAUUGUGACUGUUGUUUUUGCCGCUUGGUUGAAACGUUGCUUCAUCAAUAAAAAUUAAAUGCAGUAAGACACUUGCCUUCCAUGGUCUAAACUACGGAACGCAAAAUGCCUUGUGUUGCGAGGUCGCCAUCUUGCAAACGACUGAGGCUAGGGGCUGUCAGUGCACUGAGAGAGGCAUCUAGCAGUAGUUCCAUGCAUGGGCUGUUCGUAGUUGCAGAGAUAUAGCAAUUUCAAAUUGGGUCCAUCAAUUUUUAACACCCUGUAUACUUUUUUUUUUUUUUUUAUUCACAUUUUAGCAGGAACUGGCCUUUCUUUAAUUUGAGGUUUGUGGGCGAGUUAGAAGUAAAGUAUUGCACUCUGUUCCGAUCACACUGUCAGCAUACUAAGUUCAACAUGCUCUUAAAACAACACUCUUCAUUAAAGCCUAUUAGCCCUCCUUAUAAAAUCUUUAUUUACCUCUUUUUCCCUUUAGUUGUCCUUUUUCCCAGUUCCCCCUCCAAGUGUUCACCCCUCCCGUAACACUGUAAUCUCUCAGGGCCCUAUUUGCUCUUGUUCGUCCAAUAGCACUCUCCACACCACCAGCGACUCUGAUUCUGUAUGCUUGCUUUUACUUGUACAGGCUUAUAGAGUGCCUCCCCCAUCCUAACAUGUCUGCCAUUUUACUACUGUGUGUUGUUCCUGGGUAUGUCUGUUUACACUGCAUUGUACUUACUAUGCUGCAGAAACUGUGUUGCCUUAAUAGAUUUGUUAGUAACUGUAUUUCCACUGGCAGCCACAAGAUGGCAGACUUGGCAUACUUCCAGCAUAACCCAAACUACUGGAUUCUUUUUCUGAAAGCUUCAUUAGCAGAUUUAUGGUGCCAAAUUCAUGCACAUUUCCUGGAAAUUCUAGAUUUAAUUUAGACAGGAGCAUUAUUGUUAAUCAUUCAAACUGUAAAUAUAUGUAUGGUUGUCCUGUAUUUCCUUUUGACACUCUGUAAAGUUACAAAAUGCCAAUGUAGACACUGUCCCCUCUAUUUUAAAUUCUCUUUUCUGCUGGCCUCAUGUUUUUGUGUUAGUCUGUGUGCACUAGUUAUUUAGUGGCAAUCAGCCUUCUUCAUACCCUGGCUAAUUGGUAAGCAAUAUGAUCUCGUAUUAAUAUAAUCCUUCGUCGGUUUUGUCAUUGUACUACAUGGUUUUAUGUUUGUACCCAGAAGGUGCCAUAACUUCAAGGGACCUAUAGAUCUUUGAGUUCUGACAUCUUUUCACCUACAUUACCUCUCUCUCUACCUACCUGUUUUAUUUUACAUUGUCCCUCAUACUUUAUUCCUCUGAUCCACAUCAUCCAAUUCUCUUCUAUUCAUGCUUAGUAAUUCACCUAUGGUUACUCUCUUUAUUUGGCUCCUAUUCUUACCCUAGCAUCAGUACUGAGGGGGAAAGGAAUGCAGAGUAAAUGAAUCCCAUUGUCUAUUUAAUUUACUGUCAAUAAAUAAAUUGAGGUGGAGGUGUAUACUAGUCCUGUCGUUUAAAACUAUACAUUUUAUGUAUUAAAACAUUUUUAAGGCCCCGCUACCAACUCAUGAGCCAGUAAAUGUCCUCACUCAGUACAUGUAAGAUUGUUAUCCGAAGGCUCUGCUGCGGGAUCCAAAUCCUUUUGUACUUUAAUACUGCACAAAAGUACAAAACUGAACUGCAACCUGAUCUCUGGUUGCUAAUUAUGGUGGGGAGGGGAGGGGGGGAGGUUUCUCAUCAGUAUUCAAUCCAGUUAACAGAUUUCACUCAGGGUUGAUCUCAUCACAAAUAAUCUUCUUAAUAGUUGAUCUAUCAGUCGGAUACAGCACAACAUAAUCUCCUUAAUCUUGCUUGGUCUUGCACCUUUUACUCUAAAGGGACAUUUCUCAAGCACAUUUUAACACCUUCAGAUGAGUGACCUUAAAUCAAGGUACAGUGAAAUGUGCAGUCUUGGCUAUUAACUCAUUUUCUUAAAUUGACAGCUUAUCUGAACAUCACUUUCACUUAAGUUGUAACUUUACGUAAAAUUAUCACUUAGAUCUUCAUUAUUUAAAAUUUUAUAUGGACACUAAUGGAGAGAAACUUUUUUUUUUUUUUUUUUUUUAAAUCUACUUAAUUUCACUAAAGUUCAAAAAAAUGUUUUUCAUCUAGCUAAAAGCGUGUUUAGACAUCCAAUUUAAAUACCAUUUUAAUGAAUGUGUCCUUGCAGGAGAAACACACACAUAGGGGGUAAUUCUGAGUUGAUCGCAGCAGGAACUUUGUUAGCAGUUGGGCAAGACCAUGUGCACUGCAGGGGGGGGCAGAUAUAACAUGUGCAGAGAGAGAUAGAUUUGGGUGGGGUGAGUUCAAUCUGCAAUCUAAAUUGCAGUGUAAAAAUAAAGCAGCCAGUAUUUACCCUGCACAGAAACAAAAUAACCCACCCAAAUCUAACACUCUGCACAUGUUAUAUCUGCCCCCCUGCAGUGCAGAUGGUUUUGCCCAACUGCUAAAAAAAUUUCCUGCUGCGAUCAACUUGGAAUUACCCCCAUAAUACUAAAGCCAUAGUAAGCACAUGGACAGAAAGAUCUAAAGCUCAGUCCAUCAAAUCUAUGGACCAACAAGAUAUUUUAAGGCAAACUCAUUGGCGUAUAAUUGAUCCCACAACUGAUGCACAAGCUGUAAUGUUUAGGUGCUUUGACUACCUAUAUUUUGGUAUUUACCCAACCAUGUACAGUAUGUGUUAUGUGAUCCAUACACAACUUAAUCUCUGCCACCACCUACUGUAUUUGGUCAGUAGGACCCUGAAACUCUGUUACACAUACAGUGUACACACAUUAUGCACUCUGGAAGUCAAAGGGCAAUUACUGGAGCUCACACCUUUAUAUUAACACAGCCAAGCAGUCAAAUGUGCUAUAUUUUAUAUAAAAUACAGUGUUUUGCAAUAAAAUAAAAAAAUGCAUACAAAAUAAAACCAAUAACAAUCAGGAACGUAAAAUGGUUAAAGUGACAGAAAAUAGAACACUUGUAAUCUAGGAAGUAAAGUGGGACAGCUCUCAAUUAGACCAACACUAAGGGAGGGGGGGUUAUUUAUCAAAUCUUGGAGAGAGAUAAAAUUGUGAGAGAUAAAGUACCAACCAAUCCGCUCUGAACUGUCAUUUUUCAAACAAAAAUGCUAAAAACCAAUUGGCUGGUAUUUUAUCUUUCUCCGAGCUUUGAUAACCCCCUUAAUAGUUUUCCAUGGGUUUUUAAAUUCACCUUCUUCCUCAGCCUCCUUGUGUGAGAUCAUUAAGUAGUCAUUCUUAUAAAUAUUAAGUUUACUCCUUUUUAUCCCACUUUAUCACACUUCAGUAAUAAAUACUCACCAGUGCAUUUUGUACCCAAGGAGUCUGCCUAGCUGGACACCCUACUUCCCCAUACCACCUUGCUCAUUGACCCAACUUUCCAAUUGUAAAGCGCAACAGAAUAUGCUGCGCUAAACAGGAAGCUGUUAACACUAAUAAUAAUAGUAAAGACUAAGGUGCCCAUUUAUCAGUACAUAUUUGAGGAUUAUUCCCCAAAACCACCUGUUUUCAGGGGCCGGGGGAUAAACUCCAAUAAUUAGUGUCAGACCCAUGUAUGAAGGAGGGAUCGCAGCAGAUUCAAUAUAUGAAGAUGCGUUAGCCCAUUGUAGUAUAUGGGCUACAGAUUGCAAAAGUAACCAGCAGAGGGAUCUUCUGGAACCCUCCCUCGUCAAUGGCCACCGCCCAUGUGUGGUCAACGGAUUGCGCAUGGGUUUACAACCACUCUGAACACAUUGCAGAGACGGGAAUCCUUUCUGAGCCCAUGUCCAUGUGGGUGUUGAUUGUGACAUCCGGGCGUAAUAAUUGUGUACUGCAAUGCGAUUCUGGGUGCUAAUAUCGCACAAACUUUCAUAAGUCACCUUAAAAAAAAAAUGCCUUUAAAAAAAAUAAAAAAUAAAAAUUCCUCUAUAGUUUUCCUAGAAUAUGGUAGGAGGGAAAAAUGGGUUAUCACAUGACAACCCACAAUCUGGGUGACCAUGGGUGAGAUUUAUCCAAGAGUUGCCUCUAGUAACCAAUAAGAAUCUAGCUAUAACUUUUCUGGUAUAUUCUGGAGAAUUUAUAGAUACAAUCUAUUUGGCUGCUAUAGGAACUACCUUAUUUUUUUAUUUUUGAAAGGUGGGAUAAAUGUCCCUGUGUGUCUGGUCUGUGACAUGAAUCUGCUAGACUGGCUUCCUGGGUCUGUUUUAAUGACAGUGGGAGUUGUUAGCAAACAAAAAUUGCACACUAUUGGGCAAAACCAUGUGCACUGCAGGUGGGGCAGAUGUAACGUGGAGAGAAAUUUAGCUUUUGGUGGGGUGUGUUCAAACUGAUAUCUGAAUUGCAGUGUAAAAAUAAAGCAGCCAGUAUUUACCCUGCACAGAAACAAUAUAACCCACCCAAAUCUAACUCUCUCUGUACAUGCAUCAUCUGCCCCACCUGCAGUGCAACAUGGUUUUGCCCAUUAGUGUGCUUUUUUGGUUUACUAACCACUCUGAAUAACCCUCAGAACACAUAAAAGUGAAUCAGAAUUUGUAGUUAGAGGUUUAGGUCACACUAGUGACUUCCAAAUAUUAAUGUCGUGCUAAGAUAUUUGAAUGUAGAAUAUAUUGUACUGUUCUGUGAGCCCUCUGUUGAAUAUACUGACAUUGAAGUAUUGUCUAUUUAAUUAUUUCUAAAAAGGCAUGAAUAUGUUUUUCUUUCUAGAUUUUCAAUUUCUUGUGUGUAUAUAGAGUUAGUGCCUUGUGGUGUCCCUUUAUAUGUUAUCCAUUAUAGAUUUGUGACCCAAAUUUUGUUACUUUUUUUUUUUUAAAGAAAUAAACAGAAUACUGAAUGAGUA